UGAAGCUGGUAGUGACAGCUCUGGCAGUCCGACUGAUCAAAAACAAAACACAAUCGUACACUAAAGCCUAACACGUUCACAAUUAAGAAUUUAGUAUACUUGCUUGUUUAUUUCACACAAAUACAAUGCAAAAAUACGAAAAACUGGAAAAAAUCGGCGAGGGUACCUACGGCACAGUGUUUAAAGCGAAAAAUCGUGAAUCCCACGAAAUCGUUGCACUAAAGCGUGUUCGACUCGAUGAUGACGACGAAGGAGUACCAUCAUCGGCUCUACGAGAAAUAUGCCUACUCAAAGAACUCAAGCACAAGAAUAUUGUGCGCCUUUACGACGUUCUACACAGCGACAAAAAACUCACGUUAGUGUUUGAACAUUGUGAUCAAGACUUAAAGAAGUACUUUGACAGUCUCAAUGGAGACAUUGAUCCAGAUGUGGUAAAGUCAUUCAUGUACCAGUUACUAAGGGGUUUAGCGUUUUGUCAUAGUCAUAAUGUCCUACACAGAGAUUUGAAGCCACAGAAUUUAUUAAUUAAUAAAAACGGCGAGUUAAAGUUGGCUGACUUUGGUUUGGCAAGGGCUUUCGGUAUUCCCGUCAAGUGCUAUUCUGCAGAGGUAGUUACUCUGUGGUACAGACCACCAGAUGUACUAUUUGGUGCUAAAUUGUAUACUACGUCCAUUGAUAUGUGGAGCGCUGGGUGUAUUUUCGCUGAAUUAGCUAAUGCUGGGCGUCCAUUAUUUCCCGGCUCCGAUGUUGAUGAUCAACUACGCCGCAUUUUCAAACUCCUAGGCACGCCAACAGAAGACACAUGGGCAGGAAUGUCAGCGCUGCCUGAUUAUAAACCGUUUCCUUUUUACCAGCCUAAUAUGAGUUGGUCACAAGUUGUUCCAAAGCUAGGAAAUCGCGGACGAGAUCUCUUACAGCGUCUGCUUAUUUGUAAUCCUACACAGCGAAUGUCCGCCGAUGAUGCCAUGGUACAUGCGUAUUUCAGUGACCUCAACAGUGCGAUGAAAAACGACCGAUGCUGAGGAAGGCUUCAUUCCAGCAACUUUUAGAAAGUUGCUGAGAGAAACAAUGCGAGAUAUUGUUUAAGUUAUGCUGAGGCCAUGCCACUUUUAUGAUUUGUUAAUUAUGGCGUGAAUAACUGAUUAUUAUUUAUUUAUUAUUUAAUUUUGUAAGCAACCUGAAUCUAGUCUAUCUUUUUUUUAAUAAAUGGUUCAUUUUAUA